AUGGCGAUGAUAGCCCCAGGGGUCACGGAGAUAGGAACCAGCUCCAACCCGAGGAGGAAGAUCCUGGCGUCCGUCGUCUGCGCCGUCCUGCAGGAGACUGGGUUCCAGUCCGGGGACAAGGCCGCCGUUGGGACGCUCGUCGAGAUGUUGACGAGCUUCCUGCGUGAGGUUGGCCGCAGCAGCAAAACCUUCUGUGAAUUAGCAUAUCGGACAGAGCCAGUCGUAGCAGACCUUUUGCUGGCAUUGACAGAAAUGGGAUUUUCUAUUGAAGGUCUUCAGGCUUACAAAAAUCGCCAAAACAGGGUUGUCAUAUCACCUCCAGCACAGCAAGUAGAUUUAAAGCAACAUAAUGUGUUGCAAGUCGGAGAUAAAAAGCCCCAUUCUGCACAUAUUCCUGACCAUCUCCCCACUUUUCCAGAUACACACACAUACUGUUUUUCACACACAUACAAACAACCAGUCACUGAAUACGAAGCCAUCAGAGAGAAGGCAGCAGCCCAAAAGAGGGACAUUGAGAGAGCCCUGACAAAGUUUGCAGCGAAGACACGAGAAACCCAGAAUUUAUUCAUCACCGAUGAUAAGGAGUAUUUACUCGUGAAAGUCGACCCAAAUCCCAAACCCUACUUAGAUGCAUUGAUGCCAAGAGAUCAGGUCUUUGAGGAGGAAGAGGAAAAUACAAGAAGAAAGAGAAGAAAAGCAAUGAAUGACGAAGAGGAGUUACAAAAGGAAAAGGACAAGCUCAACGAAUCACAGGAUGCUGAACUGGAUAAUCCUUAUCUCAGGCCUGUCAAGAUGCCUCGGAAACCCAAAGCCAAGAAAUGAAGGAACUUUUACUUGGAAGACUGAAGUGAUGGAAACCCAAAGAAAGAAAUUGCUUAUUGUUUUCCAUAGUAUGAAGUCUUUCUUAGAACAUUAGCAGCUGCUCUAGGAGAGAGUCUGUUCUGGCACAGGGUCAAACUGAUCCAGCAAAAGAGUUAAAAGCAUUUUGUUUUGGUAAAUGACAAUUCUAGUUUUAAAAUUUGGAAGUAAAUGACAAUUUAGUUUUAAAAUUUGGAACAUUAUCAACAAAUUUUGUGUACUUUUUCUUGAACUUAGCCUUAAUGUGAGCCCCAGACUUUUUUAAAAUAUAAUGGACUAUUUAUGCUGUAAUCAUCUGGUACUUGAUAAAUAUAUCUUUAUUCACAAAA